AUGGUUUUCGCAAUGAGGCUUAUGGAAUCUUUUUCCCAACCGGAGCGCUUUAUCUGGCAUGACGGCGUGUUUACUGUCAUCAUUCCGAAUGGCACCCGAACUGCAUAUCAUCCUCGUGCAUCUGUGUCAUAUCUCAAAACGCUACUCAUACCCCAACUUCGACUGACACGCGCCGGUAAUAUCUCCUCACACCAGCCACCUCCGCCACCUCCGCAUCCAUAUGAUUUCUACCUGGCACAGUUGAUCCACUACGGCCUCGAUUUUCAUUUUGAGACUGAGUCAGCACAGCGUGCUCUCGAGAUCGAGAUUAGACUUGGAAGGCUGCAUGUACCACAAGGGUUGGUGAGAUUGGAGAAAGAAUUGAGGAAGGUGCACGAGAGGAAGCAAGAGAGGGACCGCCAGCAUACAGUGAGGCUCGCUACGCAACAGCAGCUUGGUAGCACAGCUGAUACCGCAAUCACCGUUGACACAUCUGAAGAUGCACCCGGAGACAAGCCAAUCCUAAGAACGACUCAUGGCCGGUCUGUAAAGCGAAAGAAAGCGCAACAGGAUGUAAUUCUCACUUCUGAUGAGAGCGAGGCACGGUCUUCUACAGAGCAGAGCUCCAAUGGUGUCGCGGAAGAUUCAGGCAAUGAAAGUGACACCAUUGCUGUAGCCCCGGAUCGUCAUCGUGGCACAUCUUCCGGCAGUUCGAAUUCGUUUUCGCCAGAGGACGUCGCAGCGGUGAAACGUUCUGACUCCAUCUGUUCUGGACGUCAAAGCAUCAGCGACGAAUCUUCAGAGGAUGCAGAUGGUGAAGACACCAGCAGCGGUGACGAUCCAUUUCUUGAAAAACAAGAUUACAAGCGUAUUAAGAUCGAAAAAGCUGAUGAGAAAGACGAUGCCAUCCUCCGCUCAACUAGGGAGCCAGGACCCUUUGUCGUCCGAAGACAGCUUCCGCCCACUCAAGUCAAAAUCCGCCGCAUUGCUUCACAGCCUCACCUCAACGCCCAGCCGUUUCACUCGGCGUUAAAGGACACCGUUGGCAGUCAGAGCACCAACAAAACAAUCUUUGCGUCUGUCAGCAAGAUGCCACCGCGAAAACCAUUUGUCAGUCCAGAUAAACGACCAUCAUGGACUAUCCCUGUCCGAUCACCAUCAUCUUCCCAGCACAACACGCCAAAAUCAGUCACCUUCAGCCAAUUCCAGCGCGAAACUCCAACGAAAGUCUCUGAAGUGGAAAAGGAUACGCUUUCGUCAGCAAUGAAGACACCGCAACGCACUUCACAUAGACGGACGCCCUCACCUUCUUCUGAUUACAGCCAUACUACGCCACUUCGCUCGAUUCUGAAGAAGAGCGUUGCUCAUUCAAGCGAACUCUUGAUAGAGGAUGGUGGGAACACUGAAAUAGCUGUACAAAUUCCUCGCAACGGCAAAGCUUCUCCAUCGCGGCCCCGCAAGCGGAAGCGCAGAAGUGAGGCCAACCGAGGCUUUCAUCUGGAAUUGGAUGGUGCUGAAGACCCACCGGAUAUCCCGGAUGACUCUUACACGGAGAAACCUUACAUCACUAGUGACCUUGUUGGCGGCAAGCCGAUCUCGUCUUUCAGGAAUGGCACCAUGACGCAGGCUCUCCAAGCAUCUUCGCAGCACAAUGCCUCAACAGUGAAGAGCACCGGAGGCUGGCUAGAGGCGAAAUCGAAGUCUUACCUGCAGGAGCAGACGGAAAAAGGGACGAAGCGCGAUGGGAUAGCCAAAUCAGCCCCAGUCACAGAUAUGUGUCGCGACAGAAAGCUUGAUAAACCUACCCCAGGGAAUUCUAAGGUCAAACUGAAAGUAACGGGCGGAGCAGAAAACCCUCGGAAAGGUAGGGACACGUUCGCAAGGGGAAACGAAAACGGCUACAGGGAUGGAAAGCAGCUGGGCCUGAUGGGUCGAUCUGGUUCGAGAGGUGGCCUUGUGAGAGCUGGUGGAGUUUGUUGA